AGAGUUGGUGGCCCUUGCUGAUCUAGAGACAUGUGGAUGAGUACACUUUCACGUUUCGCCCUGCCUGCCCUGCGGAGGAGCACCUCUGCCGUGGUGGGCCGAGCUCUGAGGGCUUGCCGUAGACCAGGACAGGCUGCAGGUCCACUACCCUCUUCUCUGACAUCGGUGCAGCUUCGUGGGCAGCACACGCUGGGGUCAGCUUCCGUCUCUGUGGCUUGCCACUCAGUGAGGCACGUCCGGGCUCUGGAUGAGGACCGGCUGAUGGAGGUGGAGUGGGAGGAUGGAGGACACAGUCUGUACCCGUUCACCUGGCUGAGGGACAACUGCCAGUGUCCACUGUGUACCCUGGAGUCGGCUCAGGCCCGGAAGCUACUGAUGUCCGAUCUUGAUAUCCACACAGGAGUCGAUGUUGUGGAGGUCACCAAUGACAACAAGGUGUCCAUUGUGUGGCCCGACCAGCACUCCAGUGUGUUUGACGCAGAGUGGCUGAAGAAGCGCUGUUUCUCUCCUGCUGCCAGACAAGCAAUGCAAGAAGAGCUUUUCCUCAAUGAGCAUUAUUAUUGGGACUCCAAGCUACGCAUUCCCACAGCGGACUACCAGGAAGUCCUCCACGACGAUAAGGCCGCGCUGGCCUGGCUCUCGGCCUUGCGCCGCAUUGGCAUCGUCUACCUGAAGGGGGCUCCGGCAGAGCAAGGCCAAGUGGCGAGACUCGCUGAGAGGAUUGGCUAUCUCAGGCUGACAUUCUACGGGCACACAUGGCAGGUCCAGGACAAAUACAUGGCAAACAAUGUAGCCUACACAUCAGGAAAGCUGAGUCUCCAUACAGACUACCCUGCUUUACACUUUGCACCUGGAGUGCAGUUUCUGCACUGCAUCAACCAGGCUGUGGAAGGAGGGGAGAGCGAGGUGGUGGACGGCUUCCACAUGGCCGAGCAACUGCAGAGAGAAGACCCAGAGGCCUUCUGGACACUCACCUCGCUCCCCGUGGACUUCACCGACACGGGGACGGACUACUGCGACUUCAUGCUGCAGUCCAAGAAAUGCAUCAUCGACGUUGACACCGAGGGCCGAGUUGUGAGAAUAAACUACAACAACGCCACCAGAGAGUCGGUGCUAGACCUCCCCUUACAUCAGGUCCAGCCCUUCUACAGAGCCCUGAAGGCAUAUGUGGAUAUCAUGAACCGACCAGAGAACGUGGUCACCUACAGAAUGGAGCCAGGUGACAUAGUGACCUUCGAUAACUGGCGUCUGCUGCACGGGCGGAGGAGCUACAUUAGCAGGCCAGACAGGUUGCGACACCUGGAGGGAGCCUACCUGGACUGGGACGAGGUCAUGUCUCGCCUCCGGAUACUCCGCAACUCGGUCCACAAUGACGCAUGAGCUCUGGGAACUGCCACAUUUAAAUAGGUAGCUUUACAGCCUGUGCAAUGUCGGACAGUUAAAUAAACUACGAGUUAAGCUAAAUGUUGCUCUGAAGACAGACAGACUGAAGAAAUUGCAAAGACAUUGAAGGAAUCAGGUCAAGAGCUAAAUCUCUGACUCUGAAGUAAUCGGGCAUCAAAUCAUGAAAUGAAACAAUUUGAUGAAAUACACAAUGAUCGAAUUAGGAUGCUUUAAAUAAUGACAGAAACAUUUCACAUGUGCAACGCUUGAAUGCAAAAAGUAGGAAAAAAACCUUUAAGGUGCUCAUGAUGACUAGCAUCAAAAAUGUUUCUAACUUAAAUUGAAGAGGUUUUAUACAUUGUCCUGAGUACUCCACAUUAUGAUAUUGUGUAAUUUAUAAGUUUUCUAAAAUAAGUUAAUAAGUUACCAUUCCCACCUCUCUGGUUUUAAUAUUUGACUCAAGACAUUCUAAAUGUUGAUGAAAUCACUAACUAUAUUUACUGGCAUUUUGUUUGACGAUAAAUCACAAGUCUGCAAUGUGUUUUUAUUGCACACUAUAGUAAACAGAGUCUCUAUUACUGUAAACAGGAAUUAAUGAAGAAGGGAGUGACUUCAGACUCAGCCCAAAAUGCAAAAUUUCUUCCAUUACUGAGAUUUUUUUGUCUUCUUACUGCCUGCUACAGUAUCUUUCUACCUCUGUCUAAUCCUGUGCCUACACAAAGAAAGUGAGGUCCUUGACUUUCCCUUCAUUCUGUAGAACCGCAGUCUGAAUUCAAAACGCCUCAAGCUACAGUACAGUAGCCGUGCCAGAAACGCAGUAUGAAAUAACUUUAAACUUACAACUGACAAGAUGUGUACUUAACCCUGGUGUCGUCUGGCCAAACGGCUUUCCCUUUAUCUGCCGAGGUUUUUGCCGUGCAUUUCCAAAUGUUGUGCUUCCAAAUGUUUUCAGACAAACUGGAGGAUUAGGCAUUUUGUUUUCUUCUUCUUAAGAUAAACCAUGUAAAAACACGUGUUUAUUAUUAGAAACAUGUCGUCGCAAAGCGGAAAACUGGCCUGUUUAUGUUGGCUACUAAAGAGUUGACAUUUUGGAGAUGCAUGAAUGAAUGCAAUGGCUGUAUGCUUUUACUAGUGCCUGUUUGAUGUGCACAAAGGAUCACAUCAACAGCAGCUUGUAUUUCCUGAAAUAUUAUCUGAAUAAUCCACAGGUUUUUAUUUUUUUUAACCAGAAAACUAUUUACAGGAGUUCUGUGGAUUAUCCAGAUUAACGGGAACUAUUUCUACAGAGAUACAGUUCUGUUGUGUCUUCUCAAGUGUCAUUUUUAAUAUUUUGCAGCGUACAUUAAAUUCUCCCCAUCGUACUAGGAUGUGGGCAGGUUUCAGAGAAAGGUAUCUUGGGCAUUUAAGAUCCAAUCCCCAUGUUUACCAGGGUUAAAUGAUAAAAUACUUUCUGUAAUAAAUAAACUGAAACUGUGUUUAUCUUUUUUUUAAAAGCACAAUGUGCUCAGUUUUCAAUAUGGAGUUUGUGAUGGCUUUAUUCUCUGUAGCUGCUAGAGAUUGGACAUUGUGAGUCCUGCUCACUGAUGUUAGUGAAACUUUCAAAUCUUUUCCUGUAGCCAAAGAGCCCAGAGACAAUCCAGAGACCGCCUUGUUUUUUGUAUUUUUAUGUAACCUAAAGACAAUAUGGAUGUACUCCCCAUAGCAAAACCAGGCAGGUAAAUCCUGAUGAGGCAUUCGCUUACCUGUGAUGGAUACGACUGAUGUUUCAUCCUCUGUGGCUGCUUAAACCUUUGCUUGCAGGUCGACUUAAUAAUAAUAAUAAUGUACCUUUCUCCUCCUUCCUUCAGUCUUAAUACUUUUGAUGGUUGUGCUGCUGUUCAAUAUGGAUUCAAAUAUUCAGCAAACUUGCAUUUUGUAAAAACGCAAAAAGUUUGAAUAGUCACACCAUUUGAUAAAAUAAAUCUUCAAAGCUCCAAAAA